UCCUGGUGGAUACGUCACAUGUAUACAUGGAAAAAGUAUGGCGGACCUCAAAAAGGACUUGGAUAAUUAUUUAUCACGAAAUGAUAAUAAGUCUCAAUUAAAAAUAACAAUGCCAGCCCUACUAUCAAAACCAGACGUUGGAAAAUGGUUUACAGUAUCUGCCAGCAACGAGGAUACAUCAGCGACAUGGUUAUCUGAAGCACAGAAAGACUGUUGUCCAAGUUUGAGCCGUAUUCAGAGGAUAACUGGAUUCUGUCUUUGCAUUCUGUUGGGGCUUCUGUGUUUUGUUUUAGCAGCCAUGUAUACUCCUGUACUGCUACUAAAAGCAAGAAAAUUUGCCCUCCUCUAUACGAUGGGUAGUCUGUUUACUAUAUGUAGCUUUUCAUUCUUGUGGGGUCCAUUAAAUCACCUACAACAUCUGUUUUCACGGGACCGCCUCCCCUUCACGGCGGCCUAUUUCGGGACAUUAUUUGCAACUCUCUAUUUUGCUCUGCAAGUGCAAAGUACACCUUUAACUGUUCUGUGUGCCGUUGGACAGAUAGUGGCAUUGCUGUGGUUCCUAGUCAGCUACAUUCCUGGAGGACAGACAGGGCUACAGUUUUGUACAAGAAUGUUUUCCUCAGCUGUCACCAGUACCGUCUCCAAGACUCUGCCAGUCUGAUGACUGCUAUUAAAAUCUACUUAUUUAUUUUAUGAUAAAUCUUUGCUGUCUUGCUGUUUAAUGUACAAAUUUUCAAGUGUCUGCAGCUGUGAGUUUUGUUUCAGUAAUGGAGACGGUAAAGUGGCGGAAGUCGCGUACUGACAUAACCUGCACACUUCCUAUUGCUGUAAGGCAUCGGUUCUCAGCCUGUAUUACAUGUGCCUAAAUGGCAUGUUGAUAUCUUUUAAGUUUGUAGGGGGGCAAAAUUUUUCAGGAAUUAAACCAGAAGGACCAUCCCAGACAAACAGUACAAAUAUCAAGUAAAAUCUAAGGCUGUUAACAUGUACAGAGACAGAUUAAUGACUGCAAUGCAAUUCUUUUUUUACUAUAAUAUCUAAAAGGCUAAGGGGGCUUGUUAAAUUUGCAUACUAUGAGACCAUUUAAUUACAGUCCAUAUUUUUUUAAUUCAGUAGUACUGUGUAGUCAACGUAGCAAACGCUAGGCAAUCCAGUCAACAUAUGGCGAUACUACUUUUAACCUGACAUACUUCGUGGUUAGAAUUUCUACAUUUUGACAAAUAAGUCGCAUCAACGCAGCGUACUGAAUUUAGAUAUUCAUUUCUUUAACUGUGUUAUUAUGUAAAAUUAGAGUGCAAUAUUGUAUAUGUUUUGUUUUUGAUUGGAAACAAGUUUUUAAGUGAUGGUAAUAAAGUAUGCAAUCAAAAUCAGUAA